ACCACGUAAAAACAAGUAUGUUUGACCGUUCUGCAGUAAGACUCAGACUCAAAGCAGUGUAUACUAUUCAGACUUUUUUGAGGCUAGGUCCUGUAAAAGUGUUCAGUAGGAACUGAUUUAUUAUAAUUUGUUCCAACAAAUGGUGUAUAAUAUACAGUUCCUAAUCUACUUUAUAGUCUGACUUUCUGAUAUGAGAAGCAUGAGGCGUACCUCUGGCCUGCUCGUCUGGUAGAACCAGUCAUGAUUUGUAUAGUUAGAGAGCACAGAGAGAGAGAAAGAGGCACUUUUGUGAGCUGGAGAGGGGAACAGAUACAAUACAGAUGGAAACACAAUAUUAGGAUACGCCUCAUAGGGGAAGAUUAAAAGGGAGAAAGUGAAGCUUUCCUCAGAUCUAUGACAGGUGACUGAUUAAUGCUGAUUGUUUGCUUACGGUGAGGAUGAACAUGGAUGAAGGCUGAAAGAGCACGCUGUGCAGGUCUAGUGCUUCUAUAGGAAGGAAGAAUGAAAAAGAAACUUUUUCCACAACAGACCACUUAUACUUUGUGUAACACCAUGACUGACCGCAGCAGCAGCAGCAGCCCAACCAUCCAGCACUGACACAUAAAAGGGAUUUCAGCUGUCAUUUCGGACCACAAUGUCCAAAUCUCACGAGCAGAGCCUAAAUGAAAAUGCAGUCAUCCUUCCUGUGAACGAGUCCAACCCGGAAUUCCUCCAUUCGGAGGUGGAACGCAGCACCCUCGAAUCUUUGCUAAGAGACGGCCCUGAAGCUUUUUACACCAAACUUAGUGCACAUCAACGCAAACCCUUUCUGUCACCGGAGGAGGUGAAUCAGGUCUCCAGCUGGGUGGAAGAUCAUCACGAGGAGGUUGUGGAAAAUGGGGACAAUGGAAGUGAUGCCAGCUCAAGCGUGCAGGACGUCUCGGAUCAGUAUUUCCCCAUGCUUUCAGACACACCAGCUCCAUGUCUGGACCUUGGGUGGCCAGAGAAAGACAGAUGGGAUGGAAUGGAGCAAGUCAUGGUCUACACCAACCCCCCGGUGCAGCAGGCUCCCCACAUCCGUCAGGUGAUCAGGAGACUGCUGCAGGGAGCCACCAUGCUGAUCGCUAUAGUAGCAGACAAACUCACAGACAGCGUCGUGAUCAGGGAUCUGCACGCGGCCGCAUCUCGAGGUGUUGUCGUCUACAUCAUCCUCAACCAAAGACCUGCACAAGAUAAUCAAACACCAAAUCUGCUCAAGCACCCGAAAAUAAUAGUUCGGAUUCUGGGUGGAAAAACGUUCAUGUCUGCGGAUGGAAAGAUGGUUGUAGGAGAGCUGAAGGAGAACUUUGUCCUGGUGGAUUUGGAGACGGUGGUUGUGGGCAGCUACAGCCUGUCCUGGACUGACGCUCAUCUACACCGGCACCUCAUCACAGUACUGAGUGGCCCAGCGGUGGAGUUGUUUGACCGGGAGUUCCGCAUCCUCUAUGCUGCCUCACAACCCGUUCCUGACUCAUGGAAAGCUGCUGCUCCCAUGGAGCUCCCCACGAUCGAUCAAAUUUUUGACCAACCAGAACCAAUUUCCCCAAAACAAGCGCUGCUCAGCUGUCCACCCAGCCCUCCACCACCCACUGCUGCCUCUCCUAUAGACUGGGAAGCUCUUGGAGUCCUCCCAAAGACUGGAGACUCUUCAGAAGACCAGGAUUUGCCUGAGUUUUCAGAAGAACUGCCGAAGUUUUACAGAACAGAAGCUGACUUGUAUGCAGGGGUUCCUGGAGCAGGGCCAAUGGAUCUUCAUAUCACAGAAUGGCAAGAUGAAAGUAGGUUAUAUCACGUUGCGCCUGAGGCAAGGCACCUAAUGGAUCACCAAGCGAUGUUUUGGGGCAUGCAAAAACCAGAGAGGCUUCAUUACGGGUUUUUGACAGAACGUGACGAGGGAUUAGCCAUGUUCAGACACCGAGACUUCAGGAUGGAGAGGAACCUGAUGGAAGAAUUUGUGCCUUUCUCACGCACUCACAGACAUGAGAGUCUACUGAAUCUGGACAGGAACUGGGCGGAAAGUGCAAUCCCAGAGGAGACGAUAGCUGGGUCUUCUGCAGCACUGCUCCAUCAGAAGAAACCCACUGGAGUGAGUGUUCCUCAGGCCGACAGCUCUUGGAAUCUGGGCGACAUCCUGAAAAAGCCCGGUGCUGAUCAUGGCACCAUGGGCCUGCAGACAAAAAUGGCCAGAAAUCCAAUCAGCACAUCCACUCUGGACCUGAGUUCAACGGGGACUGAGACGCUGCAGAGGAGCCAUAGUCACACCAAUUUAUACGACAGCUUCCCAAUGACUCCAGCUCUGGCCCUGAUGAAGAAGCGCAAUGAUGAGGUCAAAUCUUCACUCCUGAGAAGUUCGAAAGUAUUCCAGCCACUCCCCAGACUCCGCAGUUUCACUUUAGGCCUCAAGAAGGAUACGUGGAAACCACCUUUUGUAAAGGAACAGCAUUAUAAUGAAGACAAGUGAAGAAAUCCUGACCGUCUGAUUAAAAGUUCAUUCUUAAUGGCAUUGUGUGGAUUUGAUCGACUGAACACUUGUCAUUCAAUAAGCAUGGGGACAAUUGAAUAAAUCACCUGAACUAAAGAUGAGGUGCUAUUUGGUAGUAUUUGGACGUGUGGUUUAACUAUAUAUAUGUGAAUUAGUGUUAUGUGCCAGGGGAACCUAAGAUCAAAAGAAGAAACAUCUUACAAAUUCAUGACGAAUGUACAUGAUUCACUUUUUUUUUUUACAUUUUUCUUUCUUUCCUAAACUGAAUUUUAUUGCCACGUUACGUUGCUUAGAUUAGACCUGAGUAACUGAUCAACCUCAGAUGAUAACACGGGCUACAGAGACUUGUACAGUGGCCCCUUGUGCAUGAUGGAAUAGGCCCCAAAGCUCUGGAAUAGGCUCAGUCUGGACUCAUCAGACCACAUGACCAUUUUCCAUUUCUCCAAGUCCAAAUCCAGCUUUUUUUUAACCCACUCUUAUGCAGGAGAUUAUAAGAGAAACGUUCACCCAUUUUAUGAUUUAUUGUGUGAGAUCAGAAACAACGCUCCAUAUCAGCCACAUUUAAUACAGGUUAAAAUUGAACACACUCAUCCACACACACACACAUACACAAUGGAUAUGUUGCUACUAAAAGCCCAGGAAAUUGUAUGGUACAUUACCGCUGCUCCUCUAAAUUACUAACCCGAAGAUCUACCCUGCUUCAGCAUGCAAUAAAAGCUCACAUUAGUCUCACAGCAUGACUAAAUUAUUAAACAAAUGACCUGAAGCUUCAGUGUCUAAAGUUGAGUCAUUUACAGUCCAAC